CCAAUGUUGGAAUGCGCGUGCACCAAGGGCCCGUGCUCCCUGAAGCCAGUGCCGGAUCCGCCGCCGUGCCCGCCGCCGCCGCCGCCCCCCUUCCCCUGGAUAUACGUCUGGGCCCUGUUGUCAUUCUUUGGACUGAUGGGCACAAUAUACCAAUUAUUCUUGUGGAAGGAAUAUAGAGAUAAAAUUCAUUCAGCUAUUCAAAAAUGGCGUCCCCGACGGAAGGUGAAGCGUCCAUUUCACAGCGACGACCUGCCGGCGUGUGUCCAGUACCUCAUCAUAGGAACUGGUGCAGCGGGCUGGGCGGCAUACCGGGCUAUCAUGGAGCAUGACAAGAAGGCCAAGGUGUUUUUCAUCACGAAAGAGGAUUGCCUGCCGUACAAUCGUAUGCCGAUGUCCAAGCACAUGUGGUGGAACCCUGCGCCGCCCGACAUGAUGACCCUGAACUAUAUUGAGAAUUGGAAGAGGAAGACUAUGUACGUCGCGGAAUGCAAGACUUUCAUGGACCCCAUAACGUUCUACCGCAAGACGUCCGGACCCGCCGCGUCCAUCGCGUCCGGCUGGUGCGUGCUGCGGGUGGACGCGGACGACCACGUGGCGUGGGUGAAGACCAUCUGCGGGGAGCAGCCUGUCUACUACGAGCGGUGCUUAAUCGCCGUGGGAGCGAAGGCCAAAAACCUCGAGAUAUUCAAGUCAGCCCCGAAGUUCGUCCGAGAGCGCGUCCAGGUGAUGCGUUCUAUCCGAGACCUGGAGCUGGCGUACCGCCGGGUGAAGGCGGCGCGGCAUGUGGUGAUCCUCGGAGGAGGCUUCCUGGGAAGCGAGCUGGCUUGGUACCUGGCCAGGAUGUCUAAGGAGGGGGAGCACAUCCAACACGCCGAGGAGGAGGAGCCGGUCCAGCUGGUGCAGGUGGUGAAGGACAAAGGUAUCCUAGCCGGCGUGGUGCCGGAGUACCUGGCCGAGUGGGCGACGGAGAAGAUCAAGUGCGAGGGCGUCACCGUCAUACCUAAGACGCAAGUGUAUGACGCGUUCGAGUCUCCCGACGGCCGGCUGCAGCUGACCCUGUCUAAUGGCUCUUCAAUAAUAACUGAUUAUGUGCUGGUGGCAGUGGGUACGGAACCUCGCGAAGAGUUGGCAGAACCUUCGUACCUCGAGCUGGACAGAGUCAACGGCGGCUUCCUCGUCAACACUGAGCUGGAGGCUAGGACUCAUCUGUAUGUGGCGGGCGAUGCAGCCAGCAUCUACUCCCAGUGGAAGGACACCCGGCUGCGCAUGGAGCACUACGGCAACGCGGAGGAGCAGGGCUACAUCGCUGGCGCCAACAUGACCGGCUACUGGAUCCCCUGCAACAUGGAGCCGCACUUCAAGUUCCGCCUCGGCGACAGCUUGGACGUGGAGGGCGUGGGCGAGGUGGGCGCCUGCAUGCCCACGGUGGCACUUUUUAAGCCCUGCGGCGAAGAGAGCAAGCCUCAAGUGCCUGAAGGACAAGAGAAAAAGGGCGAAGAUAUGCCUUGCUUCAAAAAGGCCGAUGAGUACAAGAGUCGAUACAAGCGCGGCAUGCUGUUCUACCUGCGGGACGAGACCGUGGUGGGGAUGGUGUUCUGGAACAUUCCACCAGUUGACGACCGCUACGAGGCAGCUACUGAGGUUCUCCGAGCCCGGCCGUCGUACAAAGACAUCAACAUCAUCGCCGGCCUGUUCGGUUUCCCAGAGACCCAGUGUGACUACCUCAGUGAGGCGGAGAAGGUGGAUCCCGCCCCGUGCAUCCAGAAUUGGCGUUUUCCGUGAACAUUUUAUUUUUUUGAGUCGAGAGAUAUUAUGUGUUGAAAGAAAAUAAUGUAACAGAACUAUGAAAA